GGUCACGCACUAAGGAAGGCUCCUUCUCUCUCUCUCUCUCUCUCCCACACACACACAGAGUCCCACCAAAGGUCACACUCUUGAAAGCGUUUUUGCUCCCAAAAUCUUCAGUCUCCCACUAUUCCUUUUCCACCUUUCUCUGUCUCUCUCUCCUUAUGAAAUGAAGAACAAGUCUCACUCUUCACACUCUUCUCCUUCUUUAACCACCACCAACAAGAACAACGCUCUCUGCUCUCUCUAGCCCUCUGCAACCUAUUCUCUCUGCUCACUCCUCACAACCCGUCACAGCUUGAUUUCACAAACCACACUUGCACGACUUUCUCGGGUCGAGAAAAAACCGGGUCAGGAAGAAUACUCUGAAACCGAACCAAGAAAUGGAGAAGAAACAAGGCUUCUUCUCAGCUCUCAAAGACGAGGUGGUUCGGGGUCUCAGCCCGUCUCGGUCUCGGGCCAGCAGCCCGGCCCGGUCCGGGUCGCCNNCGCCCAGGGCGGGGCUGCUCCGGAGGAAGAAGCAGACCCAUCAUCACAGCCACGGGCACGGUGGCCAGCUGGUGGCGCAGCCGGAACCGUUGAUUGGAAGAUCCGGGAGCCUGAGGCCGGUGAUGGAAGGUCCGGAUCCGGACGGAGGGGAACUCGGGGAAUCGAAGCGGGUCGGGUCGGGUUUGGGUCAGUGGAUGCGUGGGCAGCUCUCGCGGACCCCCUCGGUGAGCUCUGUGGCGCAAAGCAACAGCAGGAGGUCUGAUCUGAGACUGUUGCUUGGAGUCAUGGGGGCUCCUCUCGGCCCCCUACACGUCAGCUCCUCCGACCCUCUGCCUCAUCUGAGCAUCAAAAACACUCCCAUCGAAACUUCCUCUGCCCAGUACAUAUUGCAGCAGUACACAGCGGCGUCUGGUGGGCAGAAGCUGCAGAACUCAAUAAAAAAUGCUUAUGCAAUGGGAAAAGUUCGGAUGGUAGCUUCUGAGUUUGAAACUGCCACAAAGGUGACGAAGACCAGAAAUGCCUCUAAAUGUGCAGAGUCAGGUGGGUUUGUGCUCUGGCAGAUGAAUCCGGACAUGUGGUAUGUGGAGCUUGCGGUAGGGGGCAGCAAGGUUCAUGCUGGCUGCAAUGGAAAGCUUGUCUGGAGGCACACACCGUGGCUUGGUGCUCAUACUGCAAAAGGACCAGUGAGACCAUUGCGACGUGCACUUCAGGGUCUAGAUCCAAGAUCUACAGCUAGCAUGUUUACGGAUGCAAGAUGUAUAGGAGAGAGAAAGAUCAAUGGUGAGGAUUGCUUCAUCCUCAAGCUUUGUGCUGAUCCUCAGACUCUGAAAGCCAGGAGUGAAGGCCCUGCAGAGAUCAUAAGACAUGUGUUGUUUGGCUACUUCAGCCAGAGGACAGGGCUUCUUGUUCAUAUGGAGGAUUCCCAUUUGACCCGCAUCCAAUCCAAUGGUGGUGAUGCAAUUUACUGGGAAACCACAAUCAAUUCAUUCCUUGAUGAUUACAGGCCUGUUGAAGGAAUCAUGAUUGCACACUCAGGGCGUUCCGUGGUGACCCUUUUCAGGUUUGGUGACAUGGCAAUGAGCCAUACCAAAACAAGAAUGGAAGAAGCUUGGACAAUUGAGGAGGUUGCAUUUAAUGUUCCAGGCUUGUCAGUGGACUGCUUCAUCCCCCCGGCUGACUUAAGAUCGGGGACAAUCAGUGAAACAUGCGAGCUUCCUCAUGAUGAAAGAGGAAAGGGUGGUGGGAUUGCAAUAGCAGCGCAUCGGGCCAAAGUUGCUGCACUUGAGAAAGAGCAUAAUGCUAGUGUUGAAAGCCUGACCUGGAAGAUGGAAAUCUAACAUGGGGCCUGCACUGAAUUAGGGCAAUUGUUUAUACUGGUAGCAAGUUUAAAUCAGCUAACACCUUAGAAGUUUACAAAGUAGGAGUUGCGUCGCGUUUUUGGACGUUGGUUUGUGCCUCAUAGUCUGUAAAUAGAGAGCAUAAUCAUUCACAGGUUUCACCUGGGCCUGAAUGAAUCUUUAUACUCUCAGUGCAGAAUCCAACAAAGGUGUUGGAGCUCGAUUUUUCCAGCUGGGGAUAGAGCAAAUGGAGGUUCAGUUUUAGUUUACCUUCGGUGCAUGAGGGAAGGUGGCGAAGCUUCAGUACAGCGGAACCAUUAACCUUUUGAUAAUUCCACUAAUUAUUUUUCACAAAUUCAGGAGUGGCGGUAUUAAGGAAAUCGCCACUUUCUGGCGUGAGUUUGAGCCUAAUGCCUUAGUUUGGUAGUUCUUACUGUUUUUGGGUGUGUGCUAAUCUUUGUUGUUGUUUGAUUGAUGCAAAAGUUGUUUCUGGGUUUGUAAGGCAGACAGAUAUUAGAAGGCAUGGGGGAAAAAAAAGGGGGUUGUACUGAAUUUUUAUUCUUAAACUGGUGUAACCAACAUAUCUUUGAAUAUGGGGGGUCUCUUGUUGUAUUCUGGCAUUUUGUCAGUCAUCAAGUCUUGAAUGUUCAUGAAUAUAGUAAUCAGAAUCCUUCUCUUUCUUGAA